CCAGGAAAAGAGGAGUUAGCCCUAGCCAAUGAUAGGUAGCAUGGAACACAGCUUUGUGUCAUAGUUGAGCCAGUCGUCAAGACUGGUAUUCUGAGGAAAACGCCUUAAGUAGAUGCCACUAUAAGUCGCCAAAGUGAUAACGGAUUCUCAUCCUCAAAAACAACCCUUAAAGCUCCUUUAAACGCACCAUUAUACGAAUCAAUAUGACAACCCACACAGUCCCGCAGACCUCCGAAAAUCCCGUCAGCCUGCAGCCUUGGAUGCAUCGCGAGGACCAUGGUCUUGCCGCGGAUGUUUUGUCCCGGCAGCAAAACGGCGUCUCCCAGCCACCCAAGGGAUUUCCACCCCUUAUCCAUGGACCUGACAAAAUACAGCCACACAGACUUGACCUAGAUGGCCCCGAUGUAGCGGCAGUAGAGGAGACUUUGAAUUCGUCCCAUGAACUCGAGCUGGAUGGCGACGAGGUAACACGGGAGUGUUUCCCUCUUCAGAGCCUUCAAGAUAGGCUUGAAAAAUGCGCUUUUGAAGUUCACCGUGGCUGCGGGUUAUGUAUUGUUCGUGGACUAAACCCCGAUAAUUAUACUAUUGAGGAUAAUAUUGUCCUCUUUCUCGCGAUUGCAAGCUAUAUUGGAGACGAAAGGGGUCUUCAAAAUGCCAAAGGCGAUAUGUUAUCCCAUGUUACCGAGUCCAAGUCCUGGACGGUACCUAAGGAGAAACGCCACGGGAUACAUACUAACUAUAGUUUGCCAUUCCACAAUGAUAUGGGAUGCGAAAUCCUGUCUAUUCAAGUCCGAGACCGAGCCGAUGAGGGUGGGCGUACCUGCGUAGCGUCCAUGGCCGCCAUUUAUAACGACCUAGUACAGACGAAGCCUUGGGUCCUUCACGCCCUGGCGAAACACGACUGGCCAAUUCAAACUUCUAGAAGAGAGCCCCCCUUUGUUCUAUGCCCCUUAAUAGAGUACCAUGCCGGGAACCUAUUAAUUUCGAUGGACCCUUCUCGUAUAGGACCGCAUCCCUUAAUUCGCAACGGCUCAAUUCCGAAUCUUACACCAGAGCAACAGGAGGCACUCGUUGUGCUCGAAGAGACAGCACAGAAGCACCAGAUACAACUUGAUACCCAGCCUGGCGACCUUAUAUUUAUCAACAAUCUUGCCCUUCUACAUGGUAGAGAGUCGUACCUAGAUAGUAAUACUUCAUCAAGACAUCUAGUGCGACUAUGGCUACGCAAUACGCAACUAGGCUGGCCCAUCCCUCCUUCGAUGAGCAUGCCGUGGGACGCUACCUUUGGAGAGAGAGCUAAGAGGGUGAUGGAUAGAUACUAUCCCAUAAUGCCAAUGCCCGAGUAUAUAGAGUGCAAGUACUCUAACGGGACGGCAGCGUUCGUCGCUGACGACGAUAAUUUUGACGGCGGGAAUGAUUCUGGGCUCAACUACACAGGAAGAUCUUUCAGCUAGCUGGCAUCUCGAAUGAUUUAGAAUGAUAGAGGAUCUUCUGAAAUUUACGUUGUGUCAUACUGUUAUGACACAAUUUGACCA